GCCCUGGAAAUCCUGCAGCCCAGGCAGAGGAGAAGAGAGCGCAGGGCAGGAGGACACACGGCAGUGGCUACAUUGUAUCAGGAGCUGAACGCGGAUACAUUGUAUAAACGGGAUCCAAGAACAGAAGAUACAUUGUAUCAAGUCCCAUCACAGAAGAUCACAACUCCCUUCAGAGCUGUGGAUACAUUGUAUCAUAGGAGGAUCCCAGUACCGCAGUGGAUGUAUUGCAGUCACGCCAGGGGAUACAUUGUAUCAUCACAGAGGAUAUUACAAGCCUAGAAGAACCUUCUAAAACCCAAGGGAUACAAAGUCUCGGCACAGGACAGAGGAUCUGGUUUCAGAAGAUCGCAGGGAUAGGAUCCUGCAGCCAGAAUAUGGGGCCACAGCUCCAGUAACCCCCCCCCUCCCUAACCUGGGAGGGUCCUGGAUCCCAGCUCUACCCCAUAGAAAUGCUGAACUGACAAGCGGCCCCUAUGAUUUUCCUAAUGUUGCUGGAGCCUCAUCAUGACAAAACCAGCACCCCAGAAAAGAUGUUCGAUGGCUCCAGGAAGAUGAGAAGUCUCUGGGAUGGGGUGAAGCUGGAGGUGGCCGGGGACAGCAGUCCUGUAGUCCUCAGCAGUUUCACUCAGCUCGACCCUGAUCUGCCCCCCUUGGAGAGCUCCGCCCAGGAGAUCGGAGAAGAGCUGGAUGACGGUGUUAUCUACAGCAUUUCCCUGCGGAAAGUGCAGCUGCACCACACGGCCAACAAGGGGCAGCGAUGGCUGGGGGUGAGCAGGGUCCCGUCCCCCAUGGGCACUGCUGAAGGCGGGCUUGCUGGACCCCGGGACACUACGUUCGAGAACGAGACGGCCCUGAGCCUGUACGAGACAUGCAAGGUGCGGACCAUCAAGGCUGGGACCCUGGAGAAGCUGGUGGAAUACCUGGUCUCCGCGUUCAAAGGCAACGACUCCACCUACGUCACCAUCUUCCUGUGCACCUACCGGGCAUUCGCUACCACUAAACAGGUCCUGGACCUGCUGCUGAACAAGUUUGGGCGUCUUCACCCUCAGCUCAACGGCGAACACUCCCAUAAUACCAUCGACGAUCGGCUCGAGCUGAAGAACACCAUCUCAUCCAUCCUGGGAGCCUGGCUGGAUCAGUAUUCGGAGGAUUUUCGACAAGCACCGGAUUACGUGUGUCUGAAGCAGCUCAUCGCAUACGUACGGCACAACAUCCCGGGCUCAGACCUGGAGCGCAGAGCUCGCAAUCUACUGUCACAGUUCCAGCGGCAGCAGAUCAGCGAGUUGGAUCAGUAUGUUGUGGACCACACAAGCUGCACCUUCCGCCUGGUGGAGGAGAGCGCCCUCCUGGAGGGGAAACCGGACUUCCUGUCAUUCCAGCAGGAGAUGGUGGCAGAACAGUUUACAGUCAUGGAUGCUGACCUCUUUAAGAAAGUGGUGCCAUAUCACUGCCUGGGUUGUAUCUGGUCCCAAAGGGACAAGAAGGGCAAGGAGCACCUGGCACCUACGAUCCGCGCCACCGUCUCUCAGUUCAAUAGCGUCACCAACUGCGUCAUAUCCACGUGCCUGAGCGACCGGUCACUGAAGCCCCAGCAGAGAGCCAAGGUGGUGGAGCGCUGGAUAGACGUGGCCAGGGAAUGUCGCAUCCUGAAGAACUUCUCGUCUCUCCGUGCCAUUCUGUCUGCGCUCCAGUGCAACGCCAUCCACAGGCUAAAGAAAACAUGGGAUGAGGUGUCACGGGAGAGCCUCAGGACGUUCACAGAACUCUCCGAAAUCUUCUCUGAUGAGAACAACCACUCGUUAAGCCGGGAGCUGCUGAUUAAGGAGGGCACUUCCAAAUUUGCAACCCUUGAUAUUAACCCUAAGAGAGCACAGAAGAGACACCAACAGCAAAGAGAAAUGGGCGUCAUGCAAGGAACCAUUCCUUACCUCGGCACUUUUCUUACUGACCUGGUGAUGCUGGACACUGCUAUGAAGGACUAUUUAGAGGGCGGCCUUAUAAACUUUGAGAAGAGACGGAAGGAGUUUGAGGUGAUCGCUCAGAUAAAGCUUCUGCAGUCGGCUUGUAACAACUACAGCUUUAUCCCAGAUGAGGCAUUUGUGGAGUGGUUUCACAGCGUGGAGCGGCUGACGGAGGCAGAGAGCUAUAGCCUAUCCUGUGAGAUCGAACCUUUAUCCGAAUCUGCGAGCAACACGUUAAAAGCCAAGAAAAACACCGGAAUCAUCAAACGAUGGAGCGACCGUCAGCCUCCCAGCUCAGAGCCCUGCCCCAGCGUCAGCUCUCACUCCAAGUCCUUCGAUCAGCUGAAAUGCAGCCCGCACCUUUGCGGGAACGACACCACAGACUCCGUCAGUGUGACAUCCGCCGGGUCCAGCAGCUCUGACGUGGAGGAGAUAAACAUCAGCUUUGUGCCCGAGUCCCCGGAUUGUCAGGAGAAGAAGGUACGAGAGGAACAGCCCAAAGAUCCGCCGGCACAGGCCACAGAACGCUGCGCUCCCCUGGGGUUCUGGGAGUCGACGUCGCUCUCGUCUCUGGACACGUCCGGCAUCGGAUCAGGGUCAAGCAGCGCUUCUUCUUCGUCUGUCUCCUCCACACCUGUGUCUGCCUCUCGGACGCACAAGCGCUCCGUCUCCGGGAUCUCCAGUUACUCAUCUCUGUCUCUUCCUCUCUACAACCAGCAGAUUGAUGACUGCUGCAUCAUCCGGGUCAGCCUAGACGUGGACAACGGCAAUAUGUACAAGAGCAUCCUGGUAACUAGUCAGGACAAGACCCCCAUAGUGAUCCGCAAAGCAAUGGCAAAACACAACCUGGACGGGGAGCGGGCCGAGGACUACGAACUUGUUCAGAUCAUUUCCGAGGAGAGAGAAUUGAAGAUCCCGGAUAAUGCAAACGUCUUCUACGCCAUGAACUCAGGAGCCAACUAUGACUUUAUACUGAAAAGACGCGGCUUUUCCAAAGGGGUAAAAAUCAAGCACGGGUCCAGCUCCACGUUACCCCGCAUGAAACAGAAAGGACUCAAGAUAGCGAAGGGCAUCUUCUGAUACCCCAGGUCUGCCCACCGUACCCCAGCCAGAGCUCUGGAGCGAUCCAAGGAUAGCACUUUCUCCAAGGGGGGACGGGGGACGACUAUUACGUCCUACGGAAUGAGCCCCUCUCCGGCCUUUUCUUCUGACUUUACAAAACUGACAACCAAGAGCAGAUUUCUGUGUGGAGUUUUUGGGGUCUCCACUGAACGGACUCCAAAUAAAAGGCCGACACGAGACAAGUUCAGGGGCAGCCGACGCCAUCAGGAUCCCAGCAUCCGCCUCCAUGCCACAGGUGCCUUUAAGGGAAGGGGGUUGAGUAGAUAAGAAGACCUUGGAUUCUGACAGUGCCCAGCCUGUGCCAUGCCCAGGGUGCCAGUAUUAGAUGGAGUCAGCCCAGUCUUGGGUGCGGACAGUUAAGAGACUCGGAAGGCUAUGAGAGGCAGACCGGCCCGACACUAGCCAUCUAUCCCCUUAAAGGGACCCUAAUGUACAUACACCCUGUGGAUACCAUGAUUCUGUGCAUUUUUCAUAAAAAAAAAAAAAAGCACUUUGUAAAAAGGAAAAAAAAAAUACUUUUUUAACCUGUAAAAACCUGGACACGCCUUUGAUGGCCUCUCGUCACCACUGACCGAUCCAGCAUCUCAAACCGCACCAAAGAUCCCGCGCCACAAAAACAUCGACCCCCCUACGUUUCCACGGGGCGGAAGGCUAGGCUUGAAUGGUCUCUCCCGUCUUGCAGGCAUCACAGGGUUAAACGAUGCCCCCUCCUCCAACCCUGUACAGUCAUUUUUCUCCUGUAAAUAUUUUCUGUUAAAGAAAAAUUUGGGGCCAAGUUAACAAUUUCUGCGAUUUCAGCUUCCCGGCAGUGACGGUCAGAUCUGCGGAGGUUUUUUUUUAUUAUUAUUAUUGUAAAAAUGUUUUUAUUUCUUAGUGUAAAAAUCUUUUUAUCAUAUUUUUUUUUCCCCUUUCUGAAUAUUUAUUGACUGUAAAUAGACGCUAGAGUGAAAUGACGUUAUUUUCCAUCUUUGUUUGGACGCUUUUUCCGUUCUUGUAUAUACGGCGUACAGGCAGAGCCCCGGCUUCGUUUGUUCGCCUUCAGUUCCUGCAGUGAAGGGGUUAAUAUUUUUUUUUAUACAUAGAGUGCUUCGAUGCGAUUGCAACCAGGUUGUGGCCGACGCUGAUUGGGCGAUUUCAGCAGUGACGUCAUCAGCCCUGUUUCUUUCUCCAAUAUGGUGGCCGCAGCGCCAGCGUUUACAGGGGAGGCUCCAGCUUCAUUGAUGGCCCCGGAAAAUGGGUUUUUGCUGUUUGCCUGGAGAUGAACCGUCUGGUCGUGGAUCUUCCCGUCAGACCGGUUCUUGUGCACACAUUCCCUGCGGCCUUAGUGCUUUCUCUACACUAUUUGCACAAUCGGGUCAGAUUUCUACAUUUUCAGGGUUCUCCCCCCCCCCCCCCUUCCCCAGACGGCAUUGUCUAAAUCCAAGAUGGCGGCCGCAGUCGGUUUGCUGGAGAUAUAUUAGCAGCUCGAUGCCAUGUUUACUGCCUGUAUACCAUAACCAAAAGACAAGGCAAGGAGCUCGCCGGAUAUGCCGCAUAUCGGACUCCAUCACCUU